AUGUACAUAGUGCUUUUCCUCAAUAACAGAUAUUACCUUCGCCGGCAUGACCAGGCCAGAGUCCAGAGGGAUGGUGUUGAUUUCAUGUCAUUCUCAGUAUGUUCAUACGUCUUGGAGACACAUUUUGAUGAAAACCCACUUGCAGUUGGAGCUUUUGCAGCUACAAGGAAAGGCAUAUUUGUUGCUUGUUCAGCUGGAAAUGAUGGUCCUCAUGGUUUCACUGUUCUUAAUGGACCUCCUUGGAUCACAACCAUUGGUGCGGGGACAAAUGAUCAAGAUUAUGCUGACCGCUACAGGAAAAUCAUAUAUUCAGAAGACUUGUUGGCUCUGGGGUUCUUAUACACUUUGGCCAGAGGAAUCGAAUUAAAGAACCUUGUGCUGAUUAUUCUCUUGAUCCGAAGCAUGUUUGCAUGGAAGUUUGUUUUUGUGAGUGCAUCGACAAACUGCAGUAAUUAA